AUGGUGGCGAAGAAGCCGAGGGUUGUGGUGGUGGGCGCGGGGAUAUCGUGCCUCACGGCGGCGCACCGGCUGUGCGGCGCGGGCGGGGACAAGUUCGAGGUGGCGGUGGUGGAGGCCGGUGACCGAGUCGACUGCCGGAUCCUCACGUCCGAGUUCGCCGGCCACCGAGUCGAGAUGGGCGCCACGUGGGUGCAGGGCGUCGUCGGGAGCCCCGUGUACGCGCUGGCGCGCGACGCCGGCGCGAUCGGGGAGGAGGGUGGUGGUCUCCCGUACGAGCGCAUGGACGGCUUCCCCGACCGCGUGCUGACCGUCGCAGAGGGCGGCGAGGUCGUCGACGCGGACACGGUGGCUGGCCCGAUCGAGGAGCUGUACAGGGGCAUGAUAGAGGCCGCGCGCGACGGCGAGGCUGGUGGUGGAGGCGGCGUGGAGGAGUACCUGCGCCGUGGCCUACGGGCGUACCAGGCGGCGCGGUCUGCCGGCGGCGGCGGCAAGGAACUUGAGGAAGUGGAGGAGGCGCUGCUCGCCAUGCACAUCAACCUGGAGCGGACCGACACCUCCGCCGACGACCUCGACCUCACCACCGAGGGCGAGUACCGCGACUUCCCCAACCCAGAGCAAGCAUUUGUUGUGUCACUGACAAAUGGGUCCCACAUAUAA